AUGAUCUCGUCCCUCAGCCCAAUUCCAUCUCUUCCCAAACCCAUCGGUCCUCACAAAGUCGGUACCACAGAAUGGGAAAUCCCAGUCUCGGAGCUCCCUUCCUCCUCUCUCUCGCCCGAUCCGAAGAUCACCACCAUCAAGUUCCGACUCUUCUACCCAACCAUGCCCACAGCCACGUCCAAGGUUGCGGUACCGUGGCUCCCUUCGCCGCAACGACAAUGGAACGAAGCCUAUGCCUCUUUUCUAGGUGCCAGCCCGAAACUCUCUUCCAUCAUCUCCAUCCUGCCGUUCCUGAUCAACUUCACCAACAUCCCUGCCGUAGCAGACUCACCCCUUCUUCCAAGGAGCAAGUCCACCAAGUAUCCCGUCGUGGUCUUCUCCCACGGACUCGGAGGCAACUACAAUACGUACAGUGCCGUGUGUGCUUCACUGGCGAGUUUUGGGAUUGUCUGUGUCGCCCCCGAACAUCGUGACGGCAGCGCCCCUGUCACCUUGAUCCGCUCUGCUGAUGGCGUCGAGACCUCAAUCCGCUAUCAGAGACAUCCGCACACUCCUACGACCAAGGUCUUCAACUCUCGCAAUGCUCAGCUGCGCAUCCGGCUCUGGGAACUGGAACAACUCUACGCCGUCCUGAGCCGUCUCAACGCCGGCCAGACCUUCUCCAACUACGCCGUCGCGAGAAGGAGACCGGCACGACCACCUCUCGUCCGAGACACCCUCGAUCUCCAACCAGGCCGCGUCACUUGGGUCGGCCACUCCUUUGGCGGCGCCACGAUUGUCCAGUUCAUCAAAUCAGUCUACUACCACCAAUUUCUCCCUUCGCUCCAAGGCACUCAAUACGAAAAUGACCCAGACUGGCGGCCCUUGAGCAGUCCAGUUCUGAGCAGCGAGCUCGUCCGCCAGAUUACCCCGGACUCACCUGUCGGCCUUCUCGACCUCUGGGCCAUGCCUCUACGAGCAGAAUUGACCAAAUGGCUAUGGGAAAAGCCCCUCCCUUGCUACGAUCGUAAACCAGCUCCGGGCACCAAUAAUGACCACACCACGCCCAAUGUCGUGGCCAUCAUGACCGCCGAAUUUUACAAGCACACCGAACUACUCAUCCGGAUGAAAGCGGCAUUAUCCGCCAAUCCGCCCGAGGCCAUCGCUACGUUAGAACGACAACGAGAUAAAUCCAACCAGGGCUGGAAUGCGGCAGAGACGACGGCUCUCUCAACGCCGCCGAACAAAGCCUCUUCCGAGACAGAAGUACACGGAUGUGCCGCAGAAGAUACCUCCGACUCGGAUGCCGAGGGAUUCUCACUAGGCUCAGCGAUAUCAGCAUCCACCUCGCCAUCCUCAGCUCCCAGUCGGAGCACCUCCCCCAGCCCAAGUAGAGGCAGAAAUAAAACCCUCAGCCCCUCGUCAUCUACGACCUCCAUCGUCCCAUCAUUCUCUCUCUCUCCAACUUCCCUUCCAACACCUCCUGGUCCCAAACUCUUCCUCAUCCCCCGCAGUGCGCACCUCUCGCAAUCUGACUUUGGCCUGCUCUUCCCCAAGUUGACGCGGUAUCUGAUGAAAGCCGAACAGCCAAAAGAGACAAUCCAACUGAACGUCCGGGCGGUAUUGAGCGUGAUGCGUGGUGCCGGUCUGGAGAUCGAAAACUACCAGAACGGACUGGAAGAGGAGCAAGAGGAUCCCAUUCUCACGGACCGCUGCAAUGAGGAAAGAUUUGUCCCUUUGAAGUUGGUGGAGUGA